GCAAUGAGUGAAGCAAACCACUCUAUGGUAUCUGAAUUUGUCUUCCUGGGACUCUCCAACUCAUGGACAACCCAGCUCUUCCUCUUCUUCUUUUCCUGUAUGUUCUAUGUGGCAAGUUUGUUGGGGAAUUUUCUCAUUGUUCUAACUGUGACUUCAGACCCCCAUUUACAGUCCCCUAUGUACUUCCUCUUAGCCAAUCUUUCCUUUCUCGACUUGAUAUUUAGCUCCUCCACAGCACCAAAAAUGAUUUAUGACCUUUUCAGAAGGCACAAAACCAUCUCUUUUGGGGGCUGUAUCACUCAGAUCUUCCUAAUCCAUGGAGUUGGAGGCACUGAGAUGGUGCUGCUCAUAGCCAUGGCUUUUGACCGAUAUGUUGCCAUAUGUAAACCUCUGCACUACUUGACUAUCAUGAGUCCACAAAAGUGCAUUUUGGUUUUAGUUGCUUCCUGGAUUAUUGGCUUUAUCCACUCAGUGACUCAGUUGAUUUUUGUCAUAGACUUACCCUUCUGUGGCCCUAAUGAACUAGACAGCUUUUUCUGUGACCUCCCUCGGUUUAUUAAACUGGCUUGUGUGGACACUUACACCUUGGGAUUCAUGAUUACUGCCAAUAGUGGGUUCAUUUCUGUGGCCUCCUUUUUAAUUCUGAUCAUUUCCUAUGUGUUUAUUUUGAUGACCGUUCAAAAGAAAUCUUUGGGUAGUUUAUCUAAGGCCCUCUCCACUCUGUCAGCUCAUGUCAUGGUGGUCAUUUUGUUCUUUGGACCAUUAAUCUUCUUCUAUGUGUGGCCAUUUCCAACAUCACAUCUGGAUAAAUUUCUUGCACUCUUUGAUGCAGUUAUUACCCCUUUCCUAAACCCAGUGAUCUAUACACUUAGGAAUAAAGAGAUGAAGGUGGCAAUAAGAAGACUAUGUAGUCAGUUUAUUAAUUACAAUAAAAUUUCUUAAUAUAAAGCACACAAAUUAUACUAGAAUUUCAGAUGGAUAUUGCUGCAUUGACUGUGUUGUAUUUAUCCAGAAUAUUUUUUGUACCAAAAUUUGAUAUGCCUUCACUUGCUUUCCCCAAAAGUGAAAUACCAACUGAUGAUAGAUAGUUUCUGUAAGAGACUUGAUGGGCUUAAAAAGAUGACUCAGUGGUUUAGAUCAGUCAGUGUUUUUACAUAGGACCAAGAUUUGGUUUCCAGAACCCACAUGGAGGCUCACAACUAUCUGUAAUUCCAGUAUAAAUAAAUCAAAUCGCCUCUUCUGGCCUAUGAUAAAGACCAACAUGCAUUAGUAUACAUUCAUACUUGCAAACAAUUCAUUCAUACACAUAAAAUAAAACUUUCUUAAUAAAGAUAUACAUACUAAAAAGCUAAAGUUUGUGCGUGUCAGUGGUCACCAAAGAUGUUGCAUGGGUAUAAUGAUGAAUGCAAUAAUGAUAAACUUGUAAAAAUCGGUAUGUGAUUUUUACCUAUUUAUC